GAAGAGCAUCAAAAUUCAUAAACACUGCCGGUGGAUGGCUCAGCCAUUUUCUAUUUUAUUUAUCAGAAUUCGUUGACUUCCACCUCAUUGCCUCGUUGUCUGAAUUAUUAGAUGCUGAAAAAAAUAUUGAGCUGACUUCUUCAACUUUCACUAAUUAUUCAGAAUCCAUCUCCAUUUCUUUCUUCUUUCUUCCCUGAAUUUCCUUUUUUGGCUUCUUCGACCCUCUCUUCACCUUCUUUUUCAUUAUUUCAUCAUGUCUGUCAUUGGAGAGGCUGCUCUUUCUGUGUUUUUGGAGCUGUUGGGGGCCAAGUUGCUCAACUCUGCACUCAACUUUGUGGCUGAUCAUAAGCAUCUCCGCCAGAAGCUCGAGCAGUGGCAGUCCGUAUUGCCCGAUAUCCAAGCAGUGUUAACCGAUGCUGAGGAGAAGCAGAUCAAGAACGAGGGUGUGAAGAAAUGGUUGGACGACCUCCAGGAUUUGGCUUACGAUGUGGAUGACAUCUUGGACGAGUUCGCUUAUGAAGAGUUACGUCUGAAGCUCCAAAAAACUCAAUCUCAAGCCAGCACUAGCAAGGUACGGAAACUCAUUCCUACCUGCUGUACCAAUAGUAAUUUUACUCCCACUUCGUUUCUGUUUAAGAAUUCCAUGAUUCCCAAGGUCAAAGAUAUCACAGCUAGACUAAAUAAUUUGACUACUCGGAGAAGUAGUUUGGGGUUGAGCGACAUCUUAUCUCAAGUUCCAACAUCCAAGGGAAAGCAACCCAGGCUGCAACCAACUUCCGUUGUGGAUGGAUCUGUGGAGUAUGUCGGUAGACUCGAGGAGAAGACAGAAAUGAUUGAGUUGCUCAAAGGUGAUAACUUCAAUGGAGUUUCAGUCCUUUCCAUCGUCGGCCUGGGAGGGAUGGGUAAAACAACUCUUGCUCAGCUUGUUUACAAUGAUGCCACCAUCAACGAGUGUUUUGAUCUCAAGGCUUGGGUAUGUGUUUCUGAUUACUUUGAUGCAAUUGCUAUAACAAAGGCAAUUUUACAGUCCAUCACUUCUGAGUCAUGUGAUUACAGUAACUUGGAUUUACUUCAAGUUAAGUUGAAGGAGAAGUUGUUGGGGAAAAGAUUCUUGCUUGUUCUAGAUGACAUUUGGAACGAGAAUUAUAAUGAUUGGACCAUCUUACGGUCUCCGUUUGGAGCAGGGACCAAUAUCAUUGUAACCACUCGUCUUCAAAUCGUUUCAUCUAUUGUGUAUCCGCUCAAAGCUUUUCAUUUGGAUAAACUAUCCGAUGAUGAUUGUUUAUCCAUAUUUACACAGCAUGCAUUAAAAGCAAGAAAUUUCGAUGCACAUCUCCAAUUUAAAGAAAUUGGAGAGAAAUUUGUUACAAGGUGCAAAGGCUUACCUUUGGCCGCAAAAGCCAUUGGAAGCUUGCUACGCACAGUUAAGUAUCAUCGAGAAUGGAAAAGAAUAUAUGAAAGUGAGAUAUGGAACUUACCAGAAGAGCACUGUGGCAUAAUUCCAGCUUUGCGAUUAAGCUACCAUCAUCUUCCCUCAUACUUGAAACGAUGUUUUGCAUAUUGCUCCAUACUUCCUAAAGAUUAUGAAUUUAAGGAAGAAGAAAUUAUCUUGUUAUGGAGAGCAGAAGGUCUCUUGCAACAAAAAGCUAUGCCUCAAAAUAAUGAUCUUGGAAAUCAAUAUUUUCAAGAUCUACUGUCGAGGUCAUUUUUUCAGAAAUCUAGUAAAGAUGAAUCACGGUUUGUAAUGCAUGACCUUAUCAAUGAUUUAGCACAAGUAGUUGCUGGAGAUAUAUGCUCCAAAUUGGAGGGUAAUAAACAACAAAAGUUCUCAAAUCGCACUCGACAUUCUUCUUAUGUUAUCAGCCGAUUUGACACAAUGAAGAAGUUCGAAGCAUUUAAUCAAGUGAAAUCAUUACGUACAUUUCUACCUUUAGGGUUGUCAGGGGCUCAUUUAACUAAUGUUGUCUUGGUUGAUUUGUUGCCAAGACUUGGGUACCUAAGGGUGCUUUCUUUGAGUGGGUAUCGGAUCACUGAGUUGCCUGAUAUUUUUGAAAAUUUAAAACAUCUUCGCUACUUAAAUUUGUCUGGCACCUUAAUCAAAUGCCUGCCCGAUUCUUUGUGCACUCUUUACCAUUUGGAAACAUUAUUAUUAAAAAUGUGUUUCAAGCUUCAAAAGUUACCCUCGAAGAUGGGAAAUCUUGUCAAGUUGUAUUAUCUUGAUAUCAGAGGUGCGAACUUAAUAGAAAAGAUGCCUUUCGGAAUCGAUCAGCUAACCAAUCUUCAAAGAUUGUCUGAUUUUAUUGUAGGGAAAGGUGAUGGACAUCAUAUCAAAGAAUUGAAAUAUUUGUCGAACCUCAAAGGUGAUUUUCGUCUUUCUGGGUUGGAGAAUGUUAAUGGUCAAGAUGCAGGGGAAGCCAAGUUAAAUGAGAAGCAGGGGAUUGAUCGAUUGGUAUUGCAUUGGAGUAAAAAAUUUGAGAAGGAUUCAAGGAAUAAAGAGGAUGAAGAAUGGGUGUUGGACUCUCUUUGUCCUCCAAAAGAGCUUGAGCAACUCGUCAUUGAGAAUUAUGGUGGUGCAAAAUUUUCUACUUGGAUAGCAGAUUCUUCCUUCGAGAAUAUGUUGUCAUUGGAACUUCGCAACUGUAAAAAUUGCAAAUCCCUACCAUCAAUUGCAAGGUUGUCAUUGUUAAAAGACCUUUUGAUUGGUGGUUUGGAUGAGAUACAUAAGAUUGGUGUUGAGUUUUUUGGAGCAUAUCAAUCGAAUGCAUUUACGUCAUUAGAGACUCUAUGUUUUGAGAGUAUGCCAAACUGGGAAGAGUGGGACCCAUGUGAAGGUGAUGAGAAAGCUUCGAAAUUCCCCAGCCUUCGUGAGCUUUCAAUCAAAGAAUGUCCUCACUUGUUGGGAAGGUUGCCAACCCAUCUUCAAUCCUUGCAGAAACUUGUGAUCUAUGAGUGUAGAAGGCUGGUAGUUUCAAUUUCAAGUUUUUCGUCUCUGUGUGAAUUAAGCAUUGAAGGGUGUGAAGAAUUGGUGGAUGAAGGCCCUUCUUCUGCAGAGGCAGUUACCUUUUUGAAAUCUGUGUCUCUGCAAAACAUUUCAAAGUUUGAUAUUUCAGCAGAGAAGGCAUUGUUGAGAUUUGCAAACUCAGAAAAUUUUAACAUCUCUCAUUGGAAAGAGUUGAAAUCGUUAUCGCAAAAUGGGUUAAGCUUAGUUGGGCAUCGUUUUAUUACGAUUGCAGACUGUCCCCAAUUGGUCUCUUUGGAAACAGAGGAGAGAUUGCAACUUGACAAGAUUCCAGGUGUUGAAUCUCUCGAAAUAGUGGCUUGUGAAAGGCUCAAUAGACUACCAGAAGUCUUACAUGCUUUCACAUUCCUUACAAGAAUAAAACUUUUAAGGUGUCAAGGCUUAGUUUGUUUUGCUGAGAGUGACUUUCCUCCUGCUUUGAAAGAGCUGAGCAUUUGGAGUUGCAAAAAUUUACAAUAUUUGGUUCGUGGAAAAGAAAAUAAUCAUAAGAGUAUGAGUAGCAACACUAGUCUUCUUGAGCACUUAGAAAUACUAUUCUGCCCAUCUCUAAUAUGGCUAUCAUCAAGGGGAGAUAUCUGCAAUCGGCUUCAACAUCUCCACAUUGACGGUUGUUCAAAGCUAAGUAGCUUAUUUUUAAAUGCCAAGUUACCCGUAAUGCUUAAAUACCUCAAUAUUUGGUGUUGUCCAGUGUUGGAAUGCAUAGCUCAACAUUUCUAUGAAUGCAACAAUCUUGAAACUAUUCAUAUUGGGUAUGUUCAAAAUAUUAAAUCCUUACCAAGAGGAUUGGACAAACUCAGCCAUCUUCAAAAGAUUGAAUUUGAAGCCUGCCCAAGUCUGGUUUCAUUUGAAGAAAAUGUGUUGCCCACCACAAAUCUCAGAGUUCUCUUAAUUGCGUUUUGUAAAAAUUUUAGAGCCCUUCCCAAGUGCAUCAACAACUUCACCUCCCUUCGAGAAUUAAAGGUGUCAAACUGUUCGGUUGGCAUAUCCUUUCCAGAAGAGGGUUUCCCUACCAACCUCACAUCGCUUCAAAUCUCAAAAGCACCUAGAAUUUAUACAUCACUUGUUGAAUGGGGAUUAAACAGACUCACCUCUCUUCAAGAACUCGAAAUCAGUGGUGAAGGAUGCUCAAGUGUCAAGACGUUUCCUGAAGAAGGGAUAGGAAUGACGCUGCCUCCUUCUCUCACAUCUAUCUGCAUUCAAGAUUUUGAGAAUUUGGAAUUCAUGUGCUCCAAGGGCUUUCAACACCUCACCUCUCUUCAAAAAUUGCUCAUUUGCAAUUGUCCUAAGCUCACAUCUCUUCCGGAAAAAGAUACGCUUCUCUCGCUUGAGCAUCUAUGUAUUAGUGGUUGCCCGUUGCUAGACGAAGGGUGCAGUAGGGGUAAAGGACGAGAGUGGUCCAAGAUUGCCCACAUACCUUAUGUUAGACUUAUUAAAAAAGUCAUGCCGAGGGAAUUAGAUUGAAAUUUAAGCAGCAAAAUCUGGCUAAAUUGGCGAAACAUAGUGGAGAACUUCAACUGAUCUGCUUCAGCUUAUUUGAUUUAGUAAAGCGGUUAGUCAACUCUGUGCAACAUUUAUUCAGCAAAUUGAAUGUUCUGUUUUCAUCUGCAUCUUCUAAUGACUAUGCAAGUGCUAUGAAAUAUUUGAGAUUUCAUUGUACUAUUAACCAAUAGUUUUUCAGAAGAACAAGUCUUUUACGUGAUUGUUUGUUGAUCUUUGUGGAUAGAUUUCUGUUAUCGGCAUAAGGAUGUUUUAAAUGAAGCAUUGUUUUUGACUUUUUGGGAUUGUUUGUCACUUGUAAUUUAUUAU